AUGACAAACCCCGAGCUCCGUCGUCAAGUUAUAAAUAUCUAUAAAGAACUUCUCAACGUCGGCCGCGAGUAUCCCUUAGGGUACGAAUACUUUCGAAAUAGAUUGCAUCGAGCUUUUUCGGGACAAGCGCAUCUCCAGGAUGAGGAGCAGAUUCGGAAGGGUAUAGCAAGGGCGGAAUUUGUGAAGAAGGAGAUCGAAACUCUAUACUAUCUCAAACGAUAUCGCACGUUGAAACAGCGCUAUGAAAACAAAUAA